CGACUCAAAAUAUAUUUUGUUUAACGUUAAAUACUGCGCCCACGUGUCCAGAAAGUUUUGGAAUUUUAUGAUGUGAAAUCGAACUUCGAAAAAUGAUUGUGAAAUGAGAAUCUACUUCUACGGCAGACAAUAUCAAGCAAAACUGAGAGUGAAGUCAGAAGGAAUUAGCGACUAAAGUGUUGUGCAGCAGAGUAAGGAGGAAGAAGAAGAAGAAGAAGAAGAAGGAUGCCACGGACCAGAAUUUCAGGGACAUUGAGUUCCCCUAAGGUGGACCUGAUUAUCGACACGGGCAACCCUUUCCUCAACCUCACUGUUGAUGGCUUCUUGAAAAUCGGCUGUGUUGCUGCAACCAAAGCAGCCGCAGAGGAAGCAUAUUACAUAGUCAAACGAGGGAGUAUUUCUCAUCAUAAGUUUGAGGAUUCGUUGAAGAAAAUGUGUAAGGAAGGAGCAUACUGGGGAACCGUAGCUGGAGUGUACGUUGGACUGGAGGAUGGUGUAGAGAGGAUUCGGGGUGUUAGAGAUUGGAAGAAUGCAAUGAUUGGGGGUGCAUUGACAGGAGCUGUAAUAUCAGCAGCUAGUAACAAGAACAAAGACAAGAUUGUGAUGGAUGCCAUUGCAGGUAGUGCUAUUGCAACUGCUGCAGAGUUUAUCAACCAUUUCACAUGAAACAUAGAACUAGCCUUGGGUCGUGAUGCAACACUCAGGCAUAUCUCAUGUUACAUAGUAAUAACAGCAUCAGAAGAUGCUUAUCCGUCUGGGGACCAAACCAUGCUAAUCCACUUUUUCAGGAUGUUUUGUUUCUGUUGAAAUAUGAGAUUUAGCACAUAGCAAGGUGAUCAGAAGGCCGCUUAGGCCUGCUGCCUUGCUUUGUUUUAUACUCCAAUUACAUUUCAGCCAAUCGACUAGAGUGAUUACUUUUACGACUACAAAUUUAUGUUGCUCUAAAGAACCUAAAUGUCUGUUGUAUGCAUGAAUGUUAGAAGGUUCGUGACAGAAAAGCAGUUCAAAAUA